AUGUUAACGUUACCUGAUUUUCGUGUUGCAUCAUCGUGGCGCAGUACGAGCGCCUCUGAUUGGCUGUUGUUGGCGGUGACCUGGCAACAGAGAGAGGCUUUACAGACGCUUAUUUGUUCCGCAGGAUCUUCAGUGAGCGCAGAUAGCGUCUUUUUGUUGACAACCUGUGAUUGCUUACCGAUACUAGCUGCUCUUCAUCCAUCUCCAGAGAGGAUGUCGACGCGAACGCUCCCUCUGCUCUUCAUUAAUCUGGGUGGAGAGAUGCUUUACAUCCUGGAUCAGCGCCUGCGGGCUCAGAAUAUCCCAGCAGAUAAAGCCAAGAAAGUUAUGAAUGAUAUCAUUACCACCAUGUUCAAUAAGAAGUUCCUGGAGGAGCUGUUCAAACCACAGGAGCUGUACUCCAAGAAGGCCCUGAGGACAGUGUUCGACCGACUGGCUCAUGCCUCCAUCAUGAGACUCAACCAAGCUAGUAUGGACAAGCUCUAUGAUUUGAUGACCAUGGCAUUCAAGUAUCAAGUCCUGCUGUGUCCUCGCCCUAAAGACCUCCUCCUCGUGUCCUUCAACCAUAUGGAUGCCAUCAGGGACUUUGUGAAAGACACUCCCAGCAUCCUCAGCCAAGUGGAUGAAACAAACAAGCAACUCAUAGAGAUAUAUACCCCUUUAUCUGGUGGAGAGUUUCAGCUGCUUAGACAAACACUCCUCAUCUUCUUUCAAGAUAUGCAUAUUAGAGUUUCAAUUUUCCUGAAAGACAAAGUCCAGAACUCUAAUGGGCGAUUUGUCCUCCCGACAUCAGGCCCUGUUCCGUAUGGGAUGCACAUCCCAGGACUCAUAAGGAUGUUCAUCUGUAGUGGUGAGGAGCUGAGAAGGAUGCAGUUCCGGGACGGUGGCAAUUACAGCGCCACUCUCCGUGAGGGUUCUUUUGAAAUGUAUGGUGAUCGAGUAAUCAAACUGGGCACAAACAUGUACAGUGUGAGCCGGCCUGUUGAGACGCACAUGUCUGGAACCUCCAAAAACUCCUCACAGCACACCAAGGUCAACACAACUCCGAAUCCUUUGGCAAAAGAAGAGCUGAACCUUCUUGCUAGACUAAUGGGAGGUCUGGAGGUGCAGAAAUCAGCUAACACUGACUCUGGCUUUCGUGUGAACCUUUUUGCCACAGAUGAGGAGGAAGAGGAAGCUUUAAUAUCAAGACCGGAUGAGCUUUCCUAUGAAGUUAUCAAUAUACAGGCAACAAAGGCUAAAGAUUCUCAGUCUUAACUUUAAACUACUGGAGGACCUUGAGUGUAAAGAAACACCUCUGACUGGUUCAUUUCAGGACAAACAGACCAAUGCGGCACUGGCUAAGAUCAUGGGGGAGUUUGGAGAGAUGGGUGAACCCGCCCCCAGUUCCAGCAGCAAGGGUGACGACCUCCUGGCAAUGAUGGAUGGACUGUGACUUAAACUUGAUGUUCCCUUUGAGUGAGCAAAGUGACUGAGCUGUUAAGCGAUAAAGUGCUACAAUGUCUCACUCAGCAACGAGGCCUUUUGUCUGGAGCUACAGUGACAACCGUAUAUAUUUAGAAUGACAGCUAAGCUCAACGAGAAAUUUUCUCUUUGAGAAUUUCACACAAGUUUUUGUCUCCCACCCAGGAUGAGAAAUGCAAAUAGCAGGUGUAGAAAUGUUAUUUGCAUCUUGCUUUGGGACCGUAUUCACUUUUUAAAAUCCGUUCAGUUUAGUUAAUUUGGAUCUACUGUGGCGGCAGCGACAUAGUCCAUAUCAUCACAUACUCCAGCAAAUGGUUUGAUAUUGGUCUUCACAGAAACGUCUGCAAGGCUUCGUUGUCACAGACACUUCUGUAACAUUUAGAUCAGUGGACAGAAUAAAAUGCCUUUUCUGGACUGUCUUAGUUAUCUAAGAGGAGAAUACGUGCACAUGGAAUUCAUUUAAGUCAGUUUGAUGUGCAACCAAGAGAUGCAGGAUAUGCAUUCAAACAACAAGCACUGAUUAAGACAGGGUAAUGAAGGAAACCGAAGUGCACUUGCAGUAAAUAUUUACUGUAGAUCCCAAAACUGGUUUACAGGAAUCCCCAGGACAAUUGGUGUGUGUAUGUUUUUGUCUUUAUUUAAAGGGAGUGCCACAAAGUCAGGUAUUUCAAGCUCAAGAAAUUAAAAUUAGAGUGUGCAAUUGCUGCAUUAUGUAAAGGGACAAUGUAAACACGAAACCACCUUUCCAUGGAAAGAAAGAAAGCAAUGCAAUAUGAAUUGUGGAUGAAAUUGUUUAUUUUUCAUAACCAUAAUAGAGCUUAUUUAUUGAGGUUAAUGUACUGAAUGUUCAUUUGUGUCUGUUUACUGUUUCAUUAUAUUGAAACAGAUCUGAAUGUGAAAUAAAAUCUUUUUGCAAAUAA